UAAAAAAAAAAAAAAAAAAAAAAAAUCUGGUAGCCAUGAAUUUCAGCUAGCUUGCCACCGACAACUGGCUGGUCCACUUGAGUUAGUCCAUCCAUGUCAAGACACAGGGGGGGUUCACCUUGUCCUGCGCUGCUUCUGACUACACACAGCGGCUCUCCAUCCCGCCUACCGGCCUGCCGUGAAUCGGAUCUGGCUGGCUCACUGAAGAGACUGCAAGACCUCGGUGCAACGCUUUGCCAUUUAACCUCAACCCAGAAGGGUUUAUAAUCCAGAUCUGUGCCAGAAGAUGAACGGCCUGUCCAUACGAGAGCUAUGCUGCCUCUUUUGCUGCCCCCCUUGUCCCAGCCGCAUUGCAGCCAAACUGGCGUUUCUCCCUCCAGAGCCCACCUACGCUUUGCUCCCUGACCCAGAUCCUGGAUCUGGAGCAACAACUGUGUCUGCCAACUCUGGGGCCGCUCCCCCUUCACUUGGAGCGCCAGGACUGCGUUCGCGGCUGGGUAAUGCCAGUGGAUCUGACAGGGGAGGUGGUGGAGGAGGAGGAGGAGGAGGAGGUGGCGGCGGUGGUGUUGGUGUUGGAGGCAGCAGCGGUGGGGCUGCCAGCACCAGCGGCACUAUCGGCGGACCCGAAGGCAGGUGGAAGUUGCACCUCACAGAAAGAGCCGAGUUCCAGUAUUCACAGAGAGAACUGGACGUGACUGACGUGUUCCUGACAAGAUCUAGCCGAGGGAAUAGAGUUGGAUGCAUGUACAUUCGCUGUGCUCCUAAUGCCAGGUUCACAGUGUUGUUUUCACACGGCAACGCCGUAGACCUGGGUCAGAUGAGCAGCUUCUACAUCGGUUUAGGCACACGCAUCAACUGCAACAUCUUCUCCUACGAUUACUCAGGCUACGGCGUUAGUACUGGCAAGCCGUCUGAGAAGAACCUGUACGCAGACAUCGAUGCUGCAUGGCACGCCCUGCGCUCUCGGUAUGGCAUUAGCCCUGAAAAUAUUAUCCUGUAUGGCCAGAGCAUCGGCACGGUGCCCACAGUAGACUUAGCAUCAAGGUUUGAGUGCGCCGCAGUGGUCCUUCAUUCUCCUCUCACCUCCGGCAUGAGGGUGGCCUUCCCUGACACCAAGAAAACGUACUGCUUUGAUGCAUUCCCCAACAUCGAGAAGGUUUCAAAGAUCCCGUCUCCAGUGCUCAUCAUUCACGGUACAGAGGACGAGGUGAUCGACUUCUCUCACGGCCUCGCCCUGUUCGAGCGUUGUCCCAAGGCCGUGGAGCCGCUGUGGGUGGAGGGGGCCGGCCACAACGACAUCGAGCUUUAUAGUCAGUACUUGGAGAGGCUACGGCGCUUCAUCAACCAGGACCUGGCCGCACAGCACGCCUGAGAAACAAGCCGCCUCUACGUGUUUGUAUCUAUGACACUGUGUAUGUGCAUGUUUUUGUGUGUGUGUGUGUGUGAGAAAGAGUGUGUGAGUAUGUUUGCCAUGAAUGUGUGUGUGUGUGUGAUUUAGGUCACAUCUGUGUGUCUUUAAAGCAGCACACCUACAGGUUCAACACAAACACAACCCAUGUUUGUGUUUCCUGUUUUUAAAGGUGACUAAAUUUUUUAAACCGUCAUUAGCUUUAUACAUUUGUACGGUGUUGGUAAAAACACUAAAGAAUUAGACGGAAGUCGUUUCAGAGUUGCGGCGUUGAGUCGUUCCCCGAAGGACAAACCUGGGACCGGCAGCUUUAAAACGUGUUGACUUAAUCCAAUCGAUCAGCGAGAGACUCGGUCCAAAAAGGCACACAGAUGUCGUUGUGAGCGGAAGAUGCUGCGAGGUGUGCGUUCAACCCACCGUAGGUCUGCGUGCACACGGUGGUACGCGUGAGUGAAUGUGUGUAGAAAUGAAGGACAUCCUGAUGACUUGGAAAUCUAGAGUAGUGGAAGGCUAAUGAGGGCAUCGAUACUGAUGUUUCCUUUUUGUCUUUUUUUUUUUUUAAUUAAUCAUGUAAUAACUUGUGCAUAAUGAAGAAUACCUCCACAGUUUGACUAGUUCUCUUUUCCAGUGGACAAAUCCUGAUCAAGCAUGUCCCCAACCCCAAACUACCUGUUUACCUUUUUAAUGGACAUCAAUCCGACUGACCGGGCAUUCCCAAGUUCUUCUCCGGCUAACGCUAACCUACUUACUGUGUGGGUUUUUUGGGGGGGCAGGGAGGAGGGUCUGGAACAAGAGGAGGGGAGACAGUCAUUUCGGAGUAGUCGGAAAUCCUUUCACAGCUUGCACGGCCGCUGCGUGUCAUACUUUUUAUCCUCAUUAUUAAUUCUCAAAAGGCCAGCUUCCAUGUCUUCUCCAGGCCUAAACUUUCCACCGAGUAGCAGAAACAUGUUUCAGGGAAUAAAUUAGAUUUCCUAUUCAAUGAGUAUUAAUUUUUCGAGGUUUUUAAGGGCAAGUCUGCUCACCUGCUUACCCAGAGUGGAUGAGCGAAUAAGAUUUAUGGAGCAGCAGAGCGGUCGGCGUGCGCGGGUCUGAGUUCAGGUUUAUCUGCACUAAUCACGCCCUCCUCGAAUGUUAGUAAUUUGUCGCUUUUAGUGAUUUAUUUAAUUUGUUCUUGUUUCGGGGUGGAUUGGAACAAGAUGCAACUUCCUGACUUAAAGAAUCAGCGGAACAGCUUUACAUUUAUUGUGCAUUUUCUUUAAUCCACAUAGGCAUUGAAAAUAUACACCAGCCUCAAAUACAUACAGGCACCCCUAGUGAUAUUCAUAUCUUUAACAAGCUUGUGUUAGAAUCCUAGCUGAAUAUUUGCAACCUCUUUUUAGUAAAGCCCAGUUAAAAGUAUUGGUCUCCUGAGACACAGUCAGCUUUUAAAGAUAGUCCAAUAGUUUUUCACUAAGGUUGAGCUCUGACUUGUUCCCAAAGCGUAAUGUUGAUGCCCACAUUAUCGACCGGUUUUGAUUUGGGGUUUAAAACUCGAUGGUGUGCACGCUUCAACCACGGAUGUCUUGAUUUGAGUUGGAAGUUUAAGAAUCUGGAGCUAUAGUUUCAUUAUUCUGUCUAAGCUUUGUGCACCUUGUGAAUCUUGUUUGAACAAAUGUUUUCUGAUCCUUCCACCCUGAGAACAGAAUGGUUUACAAAAAGCGUAAAAUACAAGAGCCUUUUUUUCCCCCUCAUGCUCUGCUAGAAAUUGACCAGCUGUCUCUUGGCGAGAACUGAUAUAAAAACAUUUGUUAAAUGUUUUCAACAUUAGCCUUCAGUCUGAGGCGCCGCUGAAGUUGAUGCCUUUGAAGGUUGAUGCUUUUGUUUGAGUUGACUCUAAAUGCCGCUGUUUGCUGCAACAAACACAAAUUAUGCCCAUUUUUAUUCACAGAUACCAUGCAUAAUCUGAAUUGGGCGAUUGGCAUUCAUCAGUUUCUGGUAUUGCUACAGACCCGCCCACACGAAGAUGGGUUUGACCGUAUCCGAGAAACUUCUUGGUGGGAUGGGGGUCCCGUCUAGACGAAGCGGCCAUGAAACCCAGAGAGGGAAAGUGUGAAGCCGCCUCCGUCUGGACACCCCCAUCCGCUCGAGCCUGUUUGCGCAUCUCCCUUAACACUCAUGCGCUAACAUAUAAGACAACAGUGGCACAUCUCGUGUCUCAGAAACUAUUUAAUUUAUUGUGGAUUUUACACUAACACGUUUUCCUCCUAUGGCGUUUGUGUGGACAGACAACAUGGUCGUCAACAAACGGCUCUUUUCUCUUUUUUUUUUUUUUUUCCCUGGCCUCUUCUUCCUUUACUUCUGUGGCAGCGUUUGAGCGCCACUCACUGGCUUGGCAUAGGUAUUGCGACGCCUAUUGCAGCUCCUCCGGCUUCAUGCAGUUUCAUCUUUGCUUCUCGACCUUUUUCUGUGCGAGUGCGGUAUUGGGCUCCGUGUGGAUGUAGCUUUGCCACCGCAGGACAUUUGCCUGGCUAGGUGACUCUAAGCUUUGAUGUAAUUAUUCCUAAGUCGUUUGUUUUGGCUGUUUCAUAAUCAUGCCUCCUGGUGUUAGGACUAACCAGAUCAGGUGCCAGGAUGGGAUAUGGAGGCUUCCUGUACCUUCCCGCUUUGUUUCCAUCUCUGGCCCUAAAUGUACAGAAGCUCUCUUGUGGCUGGCAGCACGCUGCAAUGUCUGACACAAGCCAUACUUGAGCCUCGUCACUGUUGGUGUGGUGCAGGUUCCACCACACUUAUGCACACACACACACACACACACCUUUGCACUUCAACAUACACACACACAUAAAAACACAACAUACACUCUAUGUAUAUUUACACAUUUAUUACAUAUAUAUAUAUCUGAUCUAGCAUGAAAAAGCAGGUCUUACGUUCAGCACUAUUGUACAAAGCAUCCAAAAAUGUAACAAGGGUAUAAAAUGUACGUCUGUCUUCUCGUUAUCAUGGACUGUGCUCUAAAAGGAAAGCAUCAAGGAUGCAGGUUUUCCUGGGUGGAGAAGUACUAACAGGUCCUGUGUGCAGACCUGCUGUAUUACAAGGUGUUUGCUGCACAGGAGAUCCAUCAAUUUCAGUGAUAGUAGCUGUGUUGUAUAAAAAAAGGGAACAUUUAUUAACCGGCGCUGACCUGAUUGCUCCUUUUUGGGAGCGCGAGCGGGUCUCGGGAAGCAGCAGAAAACGUUUUCUGAAUACCACUCACCUCCUGUCUGCUCAAACAGGUUUUUUUUUUGUUUGUUUUUUCCUCCCGUUCUCAUCCUGUGCUUCUGUGUAUGUGAUAUUUGAUUAAUGGAAAUCUGUUACAUUCUCCAACUCAGAAACUUGAGUCAUCAGAUGAAGUUGAGAGGGUAAAAAGUCUCUGUUUGGAAGUAAAAUUUGUCCUCAGUUUUCUACCGGGAUGGGUCGGGGAAACCAGGGAGACGUCACUGGGUUGGAAACGUUUAUCGAUGCACCACUAUGGUUGAUAUAUUGUAUUCUCUGGCCUUGAAUGUCCAUUGAUUGGGGGUGGGAGGGGGAGGGGGGGUAAGCAGUUAAAACUGUAUGCAUGUCGUGUUUUGAAGAGCAGAUGAUGGGAUGGAGCAUAAUCUCUUGUGUUGUCAAUGUGAGGAUACAGCUGAAUUCAUGGCGUUGGAAGAUUAAAACUCCAAAAAAAAAAAAAAAAAGAAGAAAAAA